GUAUUUAUUAAGGUGUAACGGGUUUACGCACAGACUCUAACGAGGAUACUCGAACAUAAACGAUACUCCAACCCCAGUAAUAACAUAGGGAUGGAGUUUGGAAUUUCAUUAAAACAUUUGUAAAAUAGUGAGGGUUAACAUAGAGGUAGCCUAAAUCUUUUAUGCUGCUUUAACUCUGAAAGUUUUCGUUUGGGUGAUUUCGACUCCGAGACGGUUGGCGGGACAUAGAGAAGCGACUGGGAGGAUAAGGACCCAGCUGUAAUUAAAUCUCACUUUUCAAACAACUGGAGGAACUGUGACCAGGACACUAACAAAAGCACAUUUUGGGUAAAAAACCAAGUGCAGGGACAUUUGCAGUACCAGGACCUCUGCUUACAAAGGUAGUAGCGCUGCAGUAAUGGAAGAAUCCUCGGAAGACUAUGACAAUUACACCUAUGAUUAUCUGGAGUAUGGAGACUUGGAAAAAGAAAAAGGUGGAUACUCUCAGAAGGAGGCUAUGCACAUCCUAUCAGUUAUCAUAUAUAGCAUUUCCUUCGUGCUCGGUGUCACUGGAAAUGGAAUAGUCAUAUGGGUCACGGCAUUUAAAAGCAAACGGACAGUGAACAGUAUAUGGUUGCUGAACAUGGCUAUCGCAGAUUUUGUGUUUGUGCUCUUUUUGCCCUUCUCCAUCGACUACGUUCUUCGAGACUUCCACUGGUCCUUUGGGCUGGUCAUGUGUAAACUCAACUCGUUUGUGUCUGUGAUGAACAUGUACGCCAGUGUGCUCUUCCUCAUGAUUCUCAGUCUAGACAGGUAUGUCUCAUUGGUCCACCUUAGCUGGUCUCAGAGGUGUCGCACUAUACGACGAGCCUGGAUCGUGUGUGGCUGUGUGUGGGGGGUGUCUGCUCUACUGAGCCACCCUACUCUGAUAUUCCGUGACACUAUGCACAUAUAUGGCAGGGUGGUGUGCUUCAACAACUUCAAUGUCCAGGAUGGACAUACAGCUGCUGUGAGACAUAUCACGCUGGUGGCAGUUCGUACAGCAGUGGGCUUCUUACUGCCCUUCAGUGCCAUCUGCGUGACUGGAAUUCUCCUGGCAAUCAAAGUCCACCAGUCUGAAGAUUCUGUGCGCCUAUCCAGCUUCUCUAAAACAGUUUCCGCUGUCAUUCUGGCCUUCUUUUUUUGCUGGGCACCGUUCCAUACUUUUAGUUUAAUGGAGCUUUCCAUGCACUCUUCAAUGUUUCUACAUACUGUUCUGAAGACAGGUUUUCCUCUUGCUACUAGCUUAGCCUUUUUCAACAGCUGUGUCAACCCUCUCCUCUACAUGUUGGUGGGCAAGAAGGUUCGCCAGCUCCUGAAGCGCUCGUGUCUGGACAUCACAAAGAGUUAUCUGCGGGAGCUCAGCCAGUCCAUCUCUGCAACUGAGUCGGUGACUGUGGCAGACGUCGGUCCUUCAGACAUCCCUCCACCAGAGGAGCCCACAGAAUCAUCAACUGUAUGAUUAUAAUGCAGUACAUCCUAAACUCACAGUUACCUGUAAACAGAAAUCAACAAGAGCUGCUAUUUUACCUUUGAGAGCCAGCCUGACCAUUAUUUUACCAGAUGUGACUUAUUUUAUAUUCUACUUCAGUGUAACAUUUCUGCUUGUUGUUUCAGUUGGCUAUUUCCAAGCAGCAAUUACUCAAAGUGCCAACUUCUGUUGACUGUAAAUUGCCCUCAGUGGAAAACCUGAGUAAAGUCUUGCACUAAAAGUAUAACUUGCACAGGAAAAAAAGAGGUAACUUUAAUGAUUUGAAAAAAUAAUCUGAUCCUAAUUACCCCAAAAACAAACAGGAAAGGGGGCCAACCAUCCCCACAGCCUCUGGAACAGGAAUUAUUAGAAGCAGAUCUACCAUUUUCAUAAACACUUUGUAUUUAGAUUUCGAUCUUUAAACAAAUCCAAGUUGGGAAUUUGCAAAUCUCCGUAGGCCUUUUCUUUCCCUUAGGAAUAUAUUACAUUGAAAAGGUAUGUUUUCCUUUCUAAGCUAAUUUCCUGUUGCAGUGUUUUCUGUUAUUAUACACUAUAAAAAAUGCUGGGUUAAAAACAUCCCAAUAUGGGUAAAUAUUGGACAGAAGACGUUGGGUUAUUUUGACCCAGCCAGUUGGGUCACAAACAACCCAUUGUUUUCUUUAAAAGAGAAAGGUUGGGUUGUUGAUGUUAUGAUCCACCGGGUCAGACCAGAAGACUGGAGGCGUGACUUAGUAGGGGUGUGGUUUUUAGAUAGUUAUUUUUGGCCACCUGUGAGGGCAAAUGUCAUUCCGAUUAAUCUGUUCUGUUUUCUUGUCAUCACCUGUUAAGGUUGAGCACUGACACUUUUCAAAUCAAAUCCAAUUUUAUGAGUCACAUGCACAGAAUACAACAGUGGCAGACCUUACCAUCAAAGGCUUACUUACAAGCACUUAACUGACAGUGCAGUCCAAGAAAUAGAGUUGAGAAAAUAUUUACUAAAUAAAAUAAAAUAAUUAAAAGUAACACAAUAAAAUAACAAUAACAAGGCUAUAUACAGGGGGUACCGGUACCGAGUCAAUGUGCAGGGGUACAGGUUAGUUGAGGUAAUUUGUACAAGUAGGUAUAGUGGCUAUGCAUAGAUAAUAAACAGAGAGUAGCAGCAGUGUUAAACAAAGGGGGGUCAAUGUAAAUAGUCCGGGUGGCCAUUUGAUUAAUAGUUCAGCAGUCUUAUGGCUUGGAGGUAGAAGCUGUUAAGGAGCCUUUUGGACCUAGACUGGGCGCCCGGUACCGCUUGCCAUGCGGUAACAGAGAGAACAGUCUAUGACUUGGGUGACUGGAGUCUUUAACUAUUUUUUGGGCCUUCCUCUGACACCUCCCAGUAUAUAGGUUCAGGAUGGCAGGAAGCUUUGCCCCAGUCAUGUAUAGGGCCAUACGCACUUCCCUCUUUAGCACCUUACGGUUGGAUGCCGAACAGUUACCAUACCAGCCGGUGAUGCAACCGGUCAAGAUGCUCUCGAUGGUGCAGCUGUAGAAAGUUCUGAGGAUCUGGGGACCCAUGCCUAAUCUUUUCAGUCUCCUGAGGAGGAAAGGUGUUGUCGUGCCCUCUUCACGACUGUCUUGGUGUGUUUGGACCAUGAUAGUUUGUUGGUGAUGUGGACACCAAGAAACAUGAAACUCUCGACUCGCUCCACUACAGCCACAUAUAUGUGAAUGGGGGCAAGUUCUGCCCUCCUUUUCCUGUAGUCCACGAUCAGCUCCUUUGUCUUGCUCACGUUGAGGGAGAGGUUGUUGUCCUGGCACCACACUGCCAGGUCUCUGACAUCCUCCCUAUAGGCGGUCUCAUCAUUGUCGAUGAUCAGGCCUACUGUUGUGUCGUCAGCAAACUUAAUGAUGGUGUUAGAGUCAUGCUUGACCACGCAGUCGUGGGUGAACAGGGAGUACAGGAAGGGAAUAAGCACACACUCCUGAGGGGCCCAAGUAUUGAGGAUCAGAGUGGCAGAUGUGUUGUUGCCUACCCUUAUCAUCUGGGGGUGGCAUGUCAGGACAUCCAGGAUCCAUCUGCAGAGAGAGGUGUUUAGUCCCAGAGUCCUUAGUUUAGUGAUGAGCUUUGUGGGCACUAUGGUGUUGAAUGCUGAGAUGUAGUCAUUGAACAGCAUUCUCACAUAGGUGUUCCUUUUGUGUAGGUGGGAAAGGGCAGUGUGGAGUGCAAUUGAGAUUGCACAAUCUGUGGAUCUGUUGGGGCGGUAUGUGAAUUGGAGUGGGUCUAGGAUUUCUGGGAUGAUGUGGUUGAUGUGAGCCAUGACCGGCCUUUCAAAUCACUUCAUGGCUAAUAACGUGAGUGCUACGGGGUAGUCAAUUAGGCAGGUUACCCUCGCUUUCUUGGACACAGGGACUAUUCACUUCCAUGCUGGGUUGACUCCGCAGAUGUGUUUUUAAUGUAAUCCGUAGGUUAUUUUCAAGAGGCAUGGCUUUCAUGAGUGUAAAUGUCAUUACCUGUUCAUCAUGUUAUAUUUGGUAAACUUUUAAUAAAGACAUUCCUUUAAUAUUUUUUGAAUAUGAAAUUAAUAACAGUAUUUAACUAUCCCAACAUUGAGAUAUGCAUCAGCACUUGAACAACUUAAUUCAUUAAGCUACAAAAGUGUCACUACUCAACCUGAAGAUAUACAAUACAACAGAACAGAUUAACCAGAAUUACAUUUUUUUAGUAUUUUAAUUUUAUUUAACCUUUAUUUAUCCAGGUAGGCUAGUUGAGAACAAGUUCUCAUUUACAACAUAUACUCUCGUGGGUGGCCAAAAAUAGCUAUAUAAAAUCCACCCCCCUACUAAGCCACGCCUCCAGUUUUCUGAUCUGACCCGGGUUUUUAACCCAGCAUUUUUUCGAGUGUAUGGCUGGUGUACACAAGAGCCAAAUUCUAUUUGGCCUUUAUUUCCUUCUCAAAUGAUAAUAAGUCUAGAAAUGAAUCACCUAUGUUUACAUUACAUUUUCAAAUAGUAUUCACAUUGCUUUCACUGUGUGGGAAUUUGCAAUCUAUGAGGGAAAUUUGAAAUGCAAUUUAUUUGUUAAUUCUAAUAUAUUUGAGUCAAAGGAAUACACAAUAAAUCCAAUCCCUUAUCUUUA